AAAUUGCAAAAAAAUGUUCCGCCGCAGCACGCCGUCAUCGCCAGCGCGAUGAAACAAUGGCCCGAACGAGUGGGAGAGAAAUAUAACACACGACUUCACCUUAUAGUGUUAUAAAAAGGUAAUAACCGCGUAUUGCCUGCCAGAAUCGCGUGUCGGCAGUUCGAUGCAAAUUCGCGAGUCAAUUAUACAUUUGUUUUCAUCUGGGUGCAUUGAGCGAAUAAAUGUUUGUUCGCAAUAAAAAUUUAAACAGCCACGUGAAAAUGCUGAAUGUUGUUUCAAAUAAAUCGACAUAAUAAAAAAGAAGUGCAACAAACAGGCCCAAAUCGAAUUUUGUGAACACCGGUGGCGAUUAUUCUAGUGCAUUUUUCAAAACACCACUGGACUUGACUACAAUUCUCGAAAAAUGAAGCCGGAAGUAAACGGUGCGGGGUUAGAGAAUCCUGCGUUUCAAUUCGACAACAAUUCGGAGCAUAGCCGUCCAUCCAGUGAACCAUCGCGAAAUAAUAACGAGGAUGUGAAAGUAAUUAUCGAGACCGAGCGUGCGCAAUGGGGCAACGGAAUCGAGUUUCUGAUGUCCUGCAUUGCGAUGUCCGUGGGCCUGGGCAACAUCUGGCGGUUCCCCUUCACCGCGUACGAAAAUGGCGGCGGUGCCUUCCUGAUUCCGUACAUCAUCGUUCUGAUGGUCAUCGGGCGGCCCAUUUACUAUAUGGAAAUGGCCUUGGGGCAGUUCACGAGCCGUGGUAACGUGCACAUGUUUGCUUCCUUGGCGCCCGCCUUGAAAGGAGUGGGCUAUGGACAACUCCUGGGAUGUAUCUGCGUCGCCACCUACUAUUGUUCCUUGAUGGCAAUCACCCUCUUUUAUUUAAUUAACUCUUUCACCAGUGAUUUACCCUGGGCGGAAUGCAGAUCCGAGUGGAAGACAGAUCUAGAAUUGCAGAACAUUACCUGCGUACCUUCUAAUUCCAAGGGUCCUGUUAUUGAAAACAGUAGAAGUUCAUCAGAGUUAUAUUUUGUAAAAGAAGUCCUCAAAGAAGUAUCUAGUAUUGAUGAUGGGAUUGGGGCCCCGGAAUGGCGUUUGACAUUGUUGCUUCUUGCAUCUUGGGCUUGCACAUUCUUUGUCUCUCGUAGAGGUGUGCAGAGUUCCGGGAAGGCGGCCUACUUCUUAGCCCUCUUUCCGUAUGUGGUAAUGAUUGCAUUGUUGGUACGUGCCGCCACACUGGAAGGCGCCAGUGACGGUAUUCUUUUCUUCAUCGAACCCAAAUGGGACAAACUACUCGACGCCAACGUAUGGUACGCUGCUGUGACGCAGUGCUUCUUCUCGUUGAACGUGGGCUUUGGUACCAUUGUCAUGUACUCGUCUUACAAUAGUUUUGAACACAACAUAAAUAGAGAUGCUUUGGUUGUUACCACAUUGGACACCUUCACGUCAAUAUUAGCAGGGACCACUAUUUUCGGAAUCUUGGGAAACCUAGCACACGAAAUGGACACCAAUGUUCACGCUGUGAUUAAUUCAGGGGGAUCAGGUUUGGCAUUUAUAUCUUACCCGGAGGCCAUUGCCAAAUUUGAAUCAGUUCCAUGGCUCUUUGCAAUUCUAUUCUUCGUGAUGCUAUUUGUCCUGGGAAUUGGGAGCUUGGUGGCUCUCCAUGGAUGCGUGAUAACCGUAGUCACAGAUGCCUUCCCAUCAUUGAAAAACUGGCAAGUCAGCCUGGGUUCUGCUAUCGUAGGUUUCCUUCUAGGACUAGUCUACGUGACACCCGGUGGACAAUUCAUUUUAACCAUGGUGGAUCAUUUUGGCGGCACGUUUGUUAUAUUUGUCUUGGCCAUCAUUGAAAUGGUGGUUGUGAUGUGGUGGUAUGGCCUGAAUAACUUCUGCAUGGACAUUGAGUUCAUGCUCAAGCGGAAAGUAGGAAUUUAUUGGAGGAUCUGCUGGGGUUUGCUCACACCGGUCCUGCUCAUCAUUAUAUUUGCAUAUUUUCUUAUUACUUUGACCAAGUUACAAUAUGCCGGACAUGAUUACCCCACUAUAGCUACAGUGUGUGGCUGGAUGAUUCUGGUAGCCGCAUUAUUAAUGCUUGCUUACUUCAUCAUAAGAACAUUGAUCGCCAAUAGAACAGAGAAGACCUGGAGGAAAAUACUUCUGAAGUCAUUCAGUUCAACCGAAUGGGGUCCAGCGGAUCCACAUCGAAGGGAAGAGUAUAGGAAGUUUAAAGAACUGAAGCGAAGUGAAAAGAACGUCUCCCUAACAAAAUGGCAAACAAUUGUUGCACUGUUCACGGGAAGAAGCUAUUCAUGAGCUUUUUGUAGCAUUUUCGUUCGUAAUUAUUGUAAAUAUAAUAAACAUAUUCACUAAAUAUCAAUAAG